CAUAGCAACCAACAUGGCGACGGCGAAGCUUCGCGGAAGCGAGGACAGAUAGCUGGCGGCUCGCAAAACCUCUGCGAAAGAUGAACAGGCAACAAAAUAUACGUGUUUGUCGAGUGUUAUUAAAAUGACAUUACCUCAGACGUUCGCGUGAACGUAAAACGCGAUGGUUUCCCGCGAAACGCGCGUGUUGCGAGCAUGAGGUUCCUGCCGGAGUUUUUCGUCAUGGACGCUAAACCAGGAAGCACGCUCUUUUAGAGCACUAAACGAAAAGCACCACGGUUUUAAGGCGUGAUGUCACGACUUUGGGGGGUACAGCCUUGGCUCAUCUGGCCAGCUGAUGAACCAGUACAUGAUCAAAGACCACAUGCUGUCCCAUUACAGAAAACUCUAUUCAGCCAAAGCUGCCGUGGACUGUUCAGUGCCUAAAAGCAUGCAUAGCAAUGUCAAAUAUGUUGAUCAGAAGCGGCGUGAACGAUUCGCUCGGAGUCAGUCCAGCGCUAGGAUUAACUCGAGGACGUCCUGUGUCUCUAAGAACAGCAGACCCUCUGUUCAGGGUGACGCCGGCCCCUGUCCUUCCCCGGACCCGUCCUCGCCGGGAAUCAGCACCUCGUUUCGCUCCAGACAAACCGUGUACCCGUCCCCGUCCGCCUCCGAGCUGACGCGCCGAAGCCCAAACCCUCGCUGGCGAGGAUACGCCAGCUUUCAGGAUCCCGCGCGGAAGACCUACGGCGGAGACGUUCUGCUGAAAACGCUCACCGCUUCACCCGGGAGAAACCCUUCACCCCGAGAACGCUCAAGUCGGACCGCGAGCCCGCGCUCUUACGAUACCGCUAUUACACGCCUCCUCGGAGGAAGGCUGCGGAGGAGAAGAUCACCCGGCAGGAGACGUACCGCGGGAGCGCGCGGUCCAAACGAGGGUUUUCUCCACAGCUUGAGUCACCCCAGCCCCUUCCUCUGGAUCACGAGUGGACGGAUGAAGAAACGGAUUCACUUAGACGUCACAGCAAGACGAGCAGGUUCAGGGACGGUGAUUUUCUUCUCUCGUCCUCCAGGAUUUCCCCAGAAGGCAUGAGGUCUCCAAUAAUGAGAAAGGUUUCAGCGGAGGAGGAAGAGUUAAUGUACCUGGAGUUCGUGACAGACGUGACGAACGAGAUCUUAACGCAAGGCCUUUACUCCGACAGGGUGCUGAAGAGAGUAUUCGAGCGCCACAUCGAUAUGAACAGACAUCGAUUAGAUGAG